AUGACGAAGAAGCUUAUAGCAGAAAAGCACCGUCUACAUCUUCAUGCUGGGAUCAAUACUUUGGUGUCAAUUUUACGUCAAACAUUUUGGAUUUUGAGGUGUCGGAACUCUGUCAAAAAGAUAAUAUCAAGAUGUGUCAUAUGUAAGCGACACAAAGGAAAACCUCUUCAGUGUCCACCCCCUCCCUUGCCACUUGAAAGAAUAAGUGAUUCAAAAGUUUUUGAGACAACGGGUGUAGACAUUGCCGGGCCAUUGUUCUUAAAAGAAGGUAUAAAAGCAUACAUAGUUCUGUUCACAUGUGCUGUGUAUAGGGCGAUCCACCUCGAACUUACAACUUCUCUGUCUACAGAAGCUUUCAUUUCUGCUCUUCGUCGGUUUGUAGCGAGAAGAGGUCGUGUUGUCACAAUUUAUUCAGAUAACGGGAGGAACUUUGUUGGAACAAGUAAUCUUCUCAGACGGAUCAACUGGGAUGAAAUUGAAAAGUUUUCAUCUGUCCAGAGGAUUAAAUGGAAGUUCAACCCUCCUUCAGCGGCAUGGUGGGGCGGAUGGUGGGAGCGACUUAUUGGAGUGGUAAAGGAAAUUUUACGACGAAACUUGGGAAAUUCAUCAGUCACGCAGGAAGAACUCUCAACAAUUUUGUGUGAUUGUGAAGCAACUGUAAAUUCAAGACCUUUGACUUAUCUUUCGAAUGAUGAUGACUGUUUACAACCAUUAACUCCAGCCCUAUUCUUACAACCAACAUCAACAGCUGAAUUACCAGAUUUGGAUGAAAUUGAGUGUCUAAGUUUAAAUAAAAGAGUGCGUUAUAUAAACAAAUUAAGAAGAUCACUAAGAGACAGGUUUAAGAAAGAGUAUUUGGCUACACUCAUUCACAAUGGAAAAAACAAGAAAAGUAGAGAACCCAUUAUUGGAGAAGUUGUAUUGAUAGGAGAUGAUAACACAAAACGAAUAAGAUGGCCUUUGGGGUUGGUACAAGAUGUAUAUCCAGGAAGAGAUGGAUUCUCCAGAGUCGCAAGACUAAAAACUGGAAAUGGUAUUUUGACAAGACCACUACAAAGACUUUUUCCAUUAGAAAUCACAGCUUGUGAAAAAGAGUGUUUGAAAGAAAAUAAACCACUUGAAGAAGAAGAUGUUAUAGUUCAAAACGAAGGCUUUGAUUUCGCUAAGAAGAAAACCAGAUGUGGAAGAGAAGUCAAAGUGCCCGAGCGAUUUUACUGA